AUGAAAUAUUAUCAGCAUAAAUCUUUGAAUAUACCACCCAACCUUUCAUUUAUACCUUCAAGAACAAUUGGAUCAUCUUCUUAUUUUAAAGAAUACUAUAAAGACACCAUUAGUAUCUCUCAAAAAUUAGGAAAACCAACAUUUUUUUUAACAAUGACUGCUAAUCCUUCUUGGCCUGAAUUUAAUGGAAAAUCUAAUUCAAAAGCUCAUCUCAUUCGAAUUUUCCAAUUGAAAUUGAAUUUUCUUUUGCAUUAUAUCAAAACUACUCAAGUCCUUGGUGAGUGUAUGGAAUAUACAUACUCCAUCGAGUUUCAGCGCAGG